CGAGCAGCCCUCUCAGCGUAGUAGAGGCUCGUCUGCAGGCGCACGGAGGAUGGACACAACCACACGGACAUAGCCUUCAAACGGACACUUGCUCACACAAAAUCAAGCUCAGGAUUUAUGAGGAGUUUCUGUCUAAUUUUUCGGCACAUUUUUGUAAAGAAGGGGAAGACCCGAGCUGUGGCGGAGUUUUUUUUCUCCUUUUCACUGCAGCGCGUGCACGAUCCAAAAUGACUUUAACUAAAUGGCCACUGGUUGGGUCUUAGUGCUGAGCUUUAGAAAAGCACUAUGAGGAGAUGACAACAAGCAGUCUUUAAUCCAGAAAGGAUUCGCCCUCCUGCUAAGAGUCUGCUAACCGUGUGUAAGUACCUCUGGGAGUACAAGAAUCAAGUCAAGGACACGUUCUCUACCCCUCAGCCUGCAGGAAGAUGGGAGUGAGAAAAUAAAGCUCUGCAGAGUCAAGAGGACCUUAAUGAAGUCCAAGGAAUCUUAAAACAAACAUUGAGCAUUUGUCUGUGUGAGGGGAUCAGGCAACCAUGCGGACAUCAGCUUCAACUAUCCACUGUCUUCUAGCUGCUGCGCUGCUAUUGGUUAGCUGUCUGCAGUCACUGAAGGCUACUGAGGAUGAUGUCACACCACGCAUCAGCUUCCCUUAUAAUGCAAAGGAAAGGUCGGCCAAGAGAUUCUCUGUGAACGGCGUCUUCAAUUACACGUCUCUGCUGCUCAGCCAGGAGGACGACAUGCUGUACGUCGGGGCCCGGGAGGCGCUGUUUGCCCUCAGCCUCUCAGACAUCAGCAAGACGAAGCUGCAGAAGAAUCUGACAUGGGGCACUCCUGCUGGAAAAAGAGAGGAAUGCAGCUUCAAAGGGAAGAACCUAGAGACUGAUUGCUUCAAUUACAUCAAAAUCCUCUUGCGGCUGAACAGCACUCAUCUCUACGUGUGUGGGACCUACGCCUUCAGCCCUAUAUGUGCAUACAUAAACACAUCAACAUUCACACUGGAGAAAGACGAAGAGGGCGAGGUUGUGAUGGAGGAUGGACGCAGCCGCUGCCCCUUUAAUCCAGAGUACAAAUCCACUGCCAUCAUCGUUGAUGGUGAACUGUACACCGGUACUGUCAGCAACUUCCAAGGGAAUGAACCUGUCAUUUAUAAGAGUUUGGGUCAGGGAACAGCUCUUAAGACAGAAAACUCUUUAAAGUGGCUGCAAGAUCCCGUCUUUGUUGGCUCGGCUUACAUUGAGGAGAGCCAGCCAAUAGGAAACCCUGUGGGGGACGAUGACAAAAUUUACUUCUUCUUUAGCGAGGCAGGAAAGGAAUUUGACUUCUUUGACAACACCAUUGUGUCAAGGAUUGCUCGUGUGUGUAAGGGGGAUAAAGGUGGUGAACGAGUGCUGCAGAAGAAAUGGACAACCUUCCUGAAGGCCCAGCUGCUGUGUUCCCUUCCUGACGAUGGCUUCCCCUUUAACAUCAUUCAGGACAUGUUUGUCCUGAAGCCCAUGGGAGACAGCUGGGAGAGCACCGUCUUCUAUGGCGUCUUCACCUCUCAGUGGUAUAAGGGAGCAUCAGGCAGUUCAGCAGUUUGUGCUUUCACCAUGGCUCAGGUGGAAAGAGCCUUCAGCGGGCGCUACAGAGAGGUCAACAGAGAGACACAGCAGUGGUACACCUACAACCACCCUGUGCCAGAACCUCGGCCCGGGGCGUGUGUGACCAACCAUGCCAGGCAAAUGGGGAUCCAGUCGUCUCUGCACAUGCCUGAUAAAGUGCUCAACUUUGUCAAGGACCAUUUCCUGAUGGACAGCGUGAUCCGCAGCUCUCCCCUGCUCCUGAAACGCAGCGUGCGUUAUACACAGAUUGCUGUGCACAAGAUUGAAGGCAUGGAGAGAGCUUAUGAUGUCCUCUUCAUUGGAACAGAUGAUGGAAAGCUCCAUAAAGCCAUCAAUGCCAACGAUAAGAUGCACAUCAUAGAGGAGAUGGUUCUGUUUCCAGAGCCUCAGCCUGUGCAGCACAUUGAACUCGAUCCUCAGAGGGGUCUUUUGUUUGUGUCGUCCAACUCGGGCCUGGUGGAGGUUCCCGUGGCUAACUGCUCCAACUACCUGAGCUGUGGAGAGUGUGUGCUGUCCAGAGACCCUUACUGUGCCUGGACCGGGCGGCUGUGUCGGGACGUCAGGAUGGCUCCACCUGACAGUCACUGGCAGCAGGACGUGGAGGAGGCCGAUACAUCAGCCAUUUGUAACCGGACAUUUCCCAGCACCAGAUCUGCCAGACCAGCAGCUUCUCGUGGCUCUCACUGCAAGCUCAUAACAAUCCCAGCCAGCACAUUCAGAGUGUUGCCCUGUAAGCUGCGCUCCAACCUGGCUCAAAGGAGGUGGCAUUACAGCGACAGUGCCAGUCAGUUCCUCUACGCUACACCUGAGGGAAAUCUGGUCGUGGUUGCACAGGCUGACAGGAUGGAGACCUACGAGUGCUGGUCAGAGGAGGAAGGUUUCCGCCAGCUGUUAGCCAACUAUUGUGUGAGGGCGGAACCACGCCAGGAAAGCACCACUAUGAUGGGUCACUCUCGCACGCCUCACAUCGAGCCAGUGGAGACCAUCAUUCUGCCAGGCGAGUCUCGAUCUGAGCAGGUGAACACCAAGACGUACUGGAACGAGCUGAUAGUGGUGUGUGCUCUGCUGGCGUUCUCCCUGGUGGUGUUCUCCUUGUUCGUCAUCUACAGGAACCGAGAUCACAUGAAGUCUAUGCUGAAGCAUAACGAGUGCCCCAACAUGCAGCAGAAAAAGCCGAGGAUUGUGGGAAAACCUGCAGAGAGCUUGCCCCUAAAUGGAAACACCAUCCCUGUUUCCACUUCUGAUCACAAGGGCUACCAGACAUUAAACGACAACUACAUCUGCAGCACGCCUACCCACGAGUCCUCACCAGACAACAGUAAGAGCUUCUCGGAGGCCUCCGACAGACGGCCGCUCAACCUGAAGGAGAGCCACGUGGAAUAUUCGCCAACGUGCCCGCGGCCUCGAGUGAGGCUCGGCUCAGAGAUCAAAGACUCUAUCGUAUGAGAGCACAAUGUACACUUCGAGAGAUGCCACCCUGUAUCUCCACGAAGAAUACAGGCCACAGAGCGAAGGAGAGGAAAACCCCAACAUCCUUCUACAUCACAGCACAUCUUUUAGUUUAGCCAUCUUUGUUCUGUGAUCUGGAGGUCAUUUCAUUAAUCAUUUCCACUCCGAGAGCUAGUGGAUGGUCUGGCUUGCUGCAUGAGGCAGAAAGACGACGCAGCGUAACACUUCAGAUUCAACCAGCAUCAUGAAGAGAGAGAAGCAGCUGCUCGGUCUUUGUUGGAGCCAUUCUCACAGGCCACUUAUGAGCAGCUCAGCAAUAUGGGGCAAAAUAACAAUAAAUAGAAGAUGUUUUGAUCAGUAUUCAUCCCUCUCGAUUCAACAUCUCCAUCGCAUAAUAUGAUUAAAACAGUAGACAAUAAUUAAUGAACUGAUUUAUUGCCCUGUCCUUUUUGAGUGUGUGACCCCUACAUGCUCUGCAGAAGAUAAGUCUACACUUCUGUUAUUAUGCAUACAAUAAUCAAGAUACAUGUUGACCAAGACUUCAGGUUAAGUAUAACAUAAUAUUAAGAAUUCAUUUUGAUCCACACAUCAAGAAAGUCAGAAGCACAUUUAUCCUGCAUAAAUGUCCUGACUGUAUAAAAGAUGAGGUGGACCAGAAGAACCCAGCACAUGCUGGAUAAAUUGAGCCCUCUCUUACAACAGAUAAAGGACUGCAAGAAAAAAGAACAAUAAAUAUGAUCUUAAAGAAAGCUCCAGGGGCCUGGAAACUGACAUUUACCUCCUGAAUGUACGUUGUUGUUAAAGGAAGGUUGGUAUUAUUUACACAUGACUGCACCAUGAACGAUUUAGGAAAACUUUACAUCUCCACUCACCUGAGACAGCCUGUUUGUCAUCACUGGCCUGCAGAUACCAUGGUGGAAGCUGAAAUGGCAAGGAUACAAAUAAAGAAAAGAGCUGACUUUUUUUUUUUUUUUUGACAUUCACUCUACUACGAUGUUCAGGGCAGCACCAGAAUCAUCAUGUGCACUGUGCCAAAAGAUCCAAAAUAACUUGAUUGUCUUAUCUAAAUGCAAUAGUGCCAUCUUGCCAUGACCACUCGCAUGUUUUGUGUUGCAUUGAUCAUGUUAAAGAGCACAUGGUGAUGGAGACACAGAUGGGUUUCUUCUCCAAAAGUAAAGAGGCACUAAUAAUAAACAAAUGUGAAGUGCAAAAGUUGGGAGUUUCUCUAAGACUGUUAUCGCAUCAUGAACUUUUUUUUAGGCUGUAUUGGGAAAAUAAUUGACUUUAAUGUAAAAUCUGAACUGGGGCCAAAGGAUGUGGCAUGAAGAUGGCUUCAUGUGAAAACUGUUGUGCUUGUGAGGUGAAAAAAUAUGGUAAUUUUUUUCAUCUGGAUUUAUCCAUACUAAGUCACACAGGUACAACUACUUUAAAGCUAUUAAAAGUUCAAACUUUUUAAUGCUAAAAGCCCUCACAGAAUGCAACAAACUUAUGUCAGUGUAGUGAAGAGAUAGUAUCUAGUAGUCUCAUGCCAAGAUAACAGCUGCCCUAUGUAGUGAUGUAGAUGCACAGAGUAGAGCCUAAAAGCUCAGUUUGACCCCCACUAGGCUCAUUUCUUACAUUCAUGGCAUUCACCAAACUCAGAUGUCAAGGUGACGUUAAUGUGAAAGCACAAGUAAUCAGGGUCUUGAGUCAUUACAAGUUUGCACAUGUCAGAAAAAAUGGAGCGAAUUCAAAGAAAUGCAACUACUGAUAGACACAAGGUGUUGAUGCUUUGAAGCAAUCAGUUACAACAGGGACCAGUGCAGCCAUUACAAACACCCAUGCACCCACACUGCUUCAACUUUUGAGACUUAACAAGCAGAAUUUUCCAAAGAUGUAGGAAGCUGACAGUGUUGUGUAAACCACGAUGAGACACAUUUACAAAGCCAUAGGGACAAUAUGGCACCACAUGUCUUAGAAUACAUCGCCAACUCACUGUACUGAUCAAGUAAGCCUACAGUAUACAGUAUAUAUCCCAGUAUCAUACAGAAAAAGAUCCUUUUGCUAUUUCAAACACUGAGCAGAUGACAAAUGCUAUGUUACUGCUACAAGUUGACAAAGUAAUUGCACAGAAUACUGCGCAACAGUGGUCAGUGUUUCAGUUUUUAUUUUUAUGUUGUGUAUAUAAAGUAUCUGUGCUAAAUAUUGAGUGUUUUUAAGGGACCUUGUGCAAGAUGUGUUGUAGAGAUAGUCUUGAAACUUAGAGAGUGAACACUGCUGAUAUUUUUUUCAUAGUUCUUUACUGCCUUUUUCAGCAAACAUUUUAACUCCUGCACAGACGAGUGCACAUUUCUCUGGCUGGUUUUCUAACAAGCAUGUCAAAGCAGGACAGCUAGCUAGGAAAUAUGCAUAGAGAAGAUUGUUACCACUCUGACAUACGUCUAUGAAAUAUGACGUCUGCACCAGCCACAGCUUGGCUUGACUUACUUCAGCUUAGCUUAGCAUACAAACUUAAAACUGUUAUCUGAUUUUGGAUAAAUAAAACAAAACUUGUAUGGUGACAGCUUGAAGCACUAUUUUCAUCUGAUGUGAGGAAAUCAUCACACUUGAUGCAGUGACUGCUCCCAGCUAAGAAAUAUUCAAGGGCAUAACCUGCGCUGAAACAAGCCACUAUUCUGUUUGUAUUAUCGCAUCAAGAUAAAACCUUUAAAUCAGAGAGCUUUAGAAGUGCUGGUUUUGCAGAUUUUCUUCUACAGAAUCAGAUUUUUCCUGCAUUUUUCCUGUUUUUGCAGGCUUUAUGCUAAGCUAACUCAGCUUGAGCUCCAUGUACUGCAGAUGUGAUUGAGGUACUAGUUGUUCCUUUUAGCUCUUAAAAAUAACAACCAGAAUAAACCAGAGCUAGUAUAUGACAAGCAAUGAUCAUCAAGCAAUGAGAUUUAUUAAAGCUCUGGUCUCCCCCACAGUUGAGACAGAUUUUCUAUCUCUCUGGUGGCCGAUUGCUCUGCUUUGAGAUGCUUGAGAAAACCCCACAACAUAUUUUUAAAAUGCCUUUAGAUGUCAAGUUGAUCUGCCUUCAGCCAUGUGCCACAUCAUACACUACCCAGCAGUGACCUCACCAACAGUAAUGUGGUGAUUGUAGCCCUCUAUGGGCGCGCUAAACUCAACACGGGUCGUCAGUAGAUUUACAGAUUCACACAAAGCCGCUAUAAACUUUAACCACAAACUUUAACACUGGGAGCUGCUCAAAAUCUUGUACCAUUCUGCAGACUUGCAGACUAUGUUAGGUGUGAAACCGUGCUCAUCGGUAAUGUCUACCAGAACUUUGAAUAUUUAAGAGUACAACUAAUGAAUUUCAUUAGUUUUGAAAAUUAAACUCAUUUGACCUUAAUACCAUCAUGCUAAAAAGGUAGAUACUGUGUGAUAAAUGCAUAUUUAUAAAUGAUGUGCUUUUCUUCAAAAGAAAACAAAAGCACAGUGACUGAUGCUUUAUUUUGAGUGGCUCCUCAGUAAUGCAGCAUACUGUACUAAACAUGAAUGUAGCCACUAUAUCAUAUUUUGUAGAUCAUCUACAGCAGUCUAUUUUCCUAUAAUGGCUUAAGUAGGCGAUCCAUUGCAUUAACUUUUCAGGAUUUUGUGCAGUCAUAGUACAAAAAACACCCGGCACAAUAGAAGUAAUUAAUCAUUUGUGCUGAAUAAUGUAGUGCUGCAAUAAGACGCCAGCACAGCUCCGAAUCGUCCAUACUGGCUCAGCCAUGAGACACAGCAACAGCUUUGCCUCAGCAUACUGAACACCAUCAGCUUAGAUGACUGAAUAACUAUUAGACAAAUGUGGUCUUGCCUGCAUGAUUUCUUUUUUUAUUUGUUGUGUAAAAAAUAACAUUGUGAACUGUAUUUUUUGUAUCAUUGAGAUUGUGACUGUUGUUUUAUUAUAUUGUACAUAAAAGCACUUUAUUUUAAUUUUUUAAGAUAAAUGAAUAAAAUACAUGUUUUGAGACA